CAUGCAUUAAAAACUGUGGAUUCCAAUUCCGAAUGAAUUUAAGCCAAAAUAAGAACAUCCAAUCGUUUAAGGCGAAUUUACAAAACCUAAUGGCAAAACUAGAUUGCUCUAUGGAUAUGAUCAAUAUGUAGUUUGUGUUAAGGUUAUUCAUACUGUUAUUAUAACUAGAAGGAUGAAUAGCCAAAAAAGUGCUUAAAGUUAGAGUUCGAAACUAAAUUUGAAAUUCUAAGAUAGCCAGUUUAGAAAAAAGAUGAGGAUGAUGACUCACUUGGACCAAUAAUAGGAAUUCAAUUCAUAAAAGAGAAUGGAGACAUCAAUUAAGUCUAUAAAUUAAAUGCCACUGCUAAAUUAAUACUUGAAUGGAGAUCAUAUUUGAGUCCAAGAAUCAAUUAGUGGCAAUUUCAUCACAUGUUUCGAGUAUAUAAAAAAAUAGGGAAAGGAAAUUUUGCGUCAGUAUUAAUAUUCAUUUUAUACGAGGUCUAUAUGGCGGAAAGAAUAGAGGACGGUGAAGAAAUGGCAAUCAAAGCCUUUGCUAAAUAGGCAGCCUAUGCAGAAGAAAAUGGAAAAGAAGCAAUUCUAAAUGAAUUAGCAAUUAUGAGAUAAUUACGCAACAAACAUCUGAUGAGAAUGUUUGAAGUUUAUGAAACUUCGAAUUCCUUAUAUGUAGCCUUAGAAUUGCUAGAAGGAGGGUCAUUGUAUGAUUUAAUCAAGGAUAAAGUGCCUAUCAAUACAAAACAAAUACAAUAAAUAAUGGUAGGGAUAUUAAUUGGCUUGUAAGAAAUGCAUAAGAAGGAAAUAAUGCAUAGAGACUUAAAGCUUGAAAAUAUACUAUUCAAAACCCCAAAGUAAAUUUAAAUUAGAUAAUAUUAGGAAAAUGGAAUCAGUAGUAAUAGCUGAUUUUGGUUUGGCUACUCAUGUAAACGAGCCGGUUUAUCUCUACUGUAGAUGUGGUACGCCUGGUUAUGUGGCACCUGAAGUCAUUAAUUUAAAGGAUAUGAAAGCUAAAUACUCCUCCAUUUGCGAUAUUUAUAGUUUGGGAUUAGUCUUUUAUUUAUUAUUGACAGGUAAGCCUGCUUUCAAUGGGAAAAGUUAUGCUACCGUAGUCAAACAAAAUAGAGAGGCUAAUAUUGACUUUGAAAUUAAAUCGUUGUAAAUCGUUCCUGCCCCUGCAGUUGAUUUAUUAAAGUAGAUGUUAGAGAAGGAUCCAAAGAAGAGAAUUAAUGCAGAAAAAUGUAUGUAACAUCCCUUCUUAUCUGAAAUGACUAAAGCAAUCAUUGAAGCAGAAAAAGAAGACCAAUAGCAUUUAGACGAGGUUGAUGAGGGCAAUGAACUAAAUAAAAUUAAUGAUGAGUAAACUUUAAUUAUUAUUAUUAUUUAGGUAUUCUAAAUUUGAUGCCAACAGAAAUAUUAAUUCCCCCCUUUAAUCACCAACGCAAUCUCCAGGUCUCAUCAUGUAAAAAUAGGUUCAACAAUAAAAAUAAAUUGAUUCGACUUAGGCAGUUGGAAAUGAUUCACCAUUAUUAAAAGGAAAAGUUGAUUCUAUAGACAGUACAUAAUCCAUUGGAACUCCUAAAAAGAAGAACAAUUAAUAUUAACCAUCACCAUAGAUCAAACCAUCUAGAUUUGCAAAAUAAGCUCAAAAUAACCCUUUGUUAAAAUAUGCAAAAAAAGACUGA